AGACAGGUACGUUCAUACUCAGACAGGUACGUUCAUAUCUCCUGUUUUAGAGGCAUUGGAUCUGCAGUUCUGUUGAUUAGUACAUAUGGUACAUAUAUACCAUACCAGUUACGUGACACUUAGCUGUGUGGAUUUAGAAGACAGGGCAACUGAGUCACUAUUGUAAAAGUCAGUCCUGAAUGGAUCGGUUGGCCAUCGGAAAUUUUUGAAAACCUCUCCGAAAAAUUGUUUGAUACAGUGUUCACAUUUCUGCUUGUUUCACUAAACUCCUCAUCCUCAUCUCCCUCGACUUUAGUGGCAAUUGGAUCAUUCAGAAAAGUUUAUGUGCACAGAGCACAGCACAACAUUAGUCGUUCAUCCUUGCUACCGCAUGCGAACCCCAACCUGCCUUCGGUAAACAACGACACCAAUCGAUCAAUCAAUAACAUAAUAAUACAUGCACCCAAAAACAAUGGCUUCUAGUGAACGAAGCUUGUGCUGCGACGAAAGCGAAAACUCGUCCAACAAGUCUUCGUCAGUUGUGCCAUUGCCAUCUUCUUCUGGUACAGAAGUAUUAUGGCGACAGCACCCGAGACAAGCUCGAAUGCGAAUAGGAAGAAAAAAUAUUUCAUUGGCAAGCGAUGCAUUUGUAUCGGCUCUGAUUUCGUUCCUGUUGCUGUAUCUAUCGUGUUGCUGUUCUGGAUUCGGUCCUGUCGCCUCAUCGACGUCUCCUAGCACCCGAGAGCACCACAUCCUAAAGAUGACACCAGACAUUGCCACGACCACUCUCGCAGCGGCCGCCACGGAUGGAACCGAUCCCGAGGAGCACUGCGCCGAGAGCAACAACAAAAAUCACUCCGACGAGGACAAUGGCUUUGCGACCGCCUGCUGCCAGGGGGAAGCAACCGGCACAGCGUACACACACAUCGAGACCCGGUUUGUCCUCCUCGAAACCAGGCACCCCGGAAACGUUGGGGCCUCGGCGCGGUCCAUGAAAACCAUGGGCUUCAACGACGGGCUGGUCCUGAUCCGGCCGGGUGACGAUCGAGUCCUAGGACGAAAGAAAUGCAAAGAGGCGGCCAGCGGAGCGGGCAACGUCCUCGAGGGCGCAAUUCUCGUACUCAAUGACGAAAACGAAAACGAUGGAAACGGCGGUAACAACAACAACAAUGCUACGAGUCUCGUGGACAAGGCCAUGGAACUUGCGUUUGCUGCCCGGGAAGAACAACCAAACGACAACGACCAACACGAAAUCCCGACCAAAGUCGACAGCGAGAGAGAUUACCCCUUGACAACAACAACUACGAUUGUAUGUGGGACGGGAAUGCCCGUCGACAUGGGCCGAGAGCGGGUUGCCCAGCGAUACGUGGAGCCACGAAUCUUCUUUGACGAACUGCUCCGAAGGAAGGAGCCGCUGCGACGAACCACCGCCACAACUGCAAGCAGCAGCAGCGCGAACCACGCGAACACAACCAUGGAAACCACCAAGUCCGUGGCACCGGCAACCAACGAGUGCGAGCGGCACGUGCUCCGGAUCGCCUUUCUGUUUGGGAACGAAAAACACGGAAUGACCCCCCAGGACACGGAAAAGUGCGACGUGAUGCUCGGGAUCCCCACCAACCCGGAUUUUGGUUCGUUGAAUUUGGCGACGGCCGUUCAGAUUAUAGCCUACGAUUGGAGGCAGGCUCUGGGUGGCUUUCCGUCUCCGGCGGAUUAAAGCUCGUGAAACACACCCUCGCGGAUCUGCUCAUGCGAGACUGUCGGAGCAUUUCACUACGAGCUCGGGCCUGCGCGAUGCAUUAUAGUCAAUUCAUUUUAGGGUCCAUUCAUCCAGCAUGGUGGUUGAAAAAUGCAUAAAUCUAGAAGAACUCUCCGGUAUCCUUACCCAUGGACACCAUGGCAAAGACGAAAAAACAGGCGGCGAUUUCUUGCCCGAACCGGCACACCGAGCCUCCAUCCGAGCGCCAGAUCGCGCCGUUGCUCGGGACUAAUCUCGUAUCCAAAACGCGUAUUUUUUUUGCAGAAACGAGGACCCGUCGGAUGCAUCCGUUUGGUUACAGCUCGUUUUAAAAAAAUGGGAUGGGGAGUGGCAGCCUACCGUCCCUUUCGUGUCGGUGAAACCCAGCUGCUUACGUUCCAUUAGAUUGAAUACUGUGUAACAUACGUUGGUGUUGAAAAAUACUUUAGAGCAAAGGGCUGCUUUGAAUACAACUAAUACCUACAU